AUGGCAACAGAUUUCACGGAGUAUGGCACAAGUUCGCUCGCAAGUGAUGAGCGUUUGAGUGCUCGCUCUGCUGCUCGACGCAAAUGGAUCAGAUGGGGGCUCAUUAGCGCCUCCACGGGUAUCAUUCUGGCUGGGAUGGUGGUGUUGGGGGUCACUUCUCACUCGGUGGAGUCGAUUAUAGCCACCGCUACCCCCGAUGAAGGUGACAUCCAGUGCUUCCAGAGCUCUUACAUCGAUAACGUGACCAACAUAAUGACACCGAUCAAAGGCCUCAAGUGGAAGUAUGGGGGCACGAAGGACACGGAAUCGUUCAUCUCCAUCGACGUGGACACCAUGUUCCAGGAGAUCAUGGGCUUUGGCGGUGCAUUCACGGAGGCGGCAGCGCUGCAGUUCCACAAACUACCGAAAGACAAACAAGAGGAGGUGCUAACGCUCUACUUCGACAAGAGCAAGGGCAGUGCGUAUAGCUUCGGCCGUGUGCCCAUGGGGUCCUAUGCUAUCAAACGCGCGUUAAAACAUCGAUCCGAUAUGAAAUUGGUUCUCGUGCCGUGGAGUCCUCCUGCUUGGAUGAAGCGAUCCGGCUCCUCAUACAGUGCUAGUAUGCUGGGGUCAGUGAAGCCAGUCGGACUGAGAGAUGACAUGAGAGCUCCUUGGGCUCUGUACUUCUCCAAGUUCAUCACUGCAUACAAGAAGUAUGGCAUCAACUUCUGGGGGGUGUCGCCACAGAAUGAACCAGAGUUCAACGCGCCAUGGGAAGCUUGUAUGUACAAUCCAGAGUAUGAAGCUGAGUUCAUUGGCGAGUUCUUAGGUCCUGUACUUGAACGUGACCACCCUGAGCUCACCCUUAUGGCGUUCGACCACAACCGCGUCAGUGUUAGUCGAUGGGCGGAUGUGAUCUACAACCACCCAACUGCCAGUAAGUACGUCGAUGGCAUCGCCUUCCAUUGGUACGAGGACGGAGGUGAUCGAUACAUGGACGGGGUGGAUUAUCCUGAACACUUGAACGACACCCACUUCAUCAAUCAGAGUCGCUUCAUGCUCAGCUCAGAGAGUUCCAGCUGUCCUGGGGUCGCAGUCGGCGAGGAAGCCUGGUUCCGAGGCCAGCGCUACGGUCACAACAUUCUGUCGGAUCUGAGCAAUUACGCUGCUGGAUGGAUCGAUUGGAACUUGAUCCUCGACCACACGGGCGGUCCGAAUCAUAAGGGCAACGUCUGCGAUGCUGCCAUUAUCGUGACUGAAAGUGGAGACGACUAUUUCGUCCAACCAAUGUACUAUUUCAUCCAGCACUUCUCCAAGUUCAUCCCGCCAGGAUCUCGACGUGUCAAGACGAAAGUUGCAGCUCGAUUCGCCAAAGCUGGCGAUGCUCAGCUCUUCGUUCACUAUCAAUCUUCUCUUGACAGUUGCGAUGGAAGUUCACGACAGACGAUCCACAGAACGGAAGACAACAAGAUCCAGGUAACGGGGACACCACUCUGUCUGGACUUGGUGAACACUCCGACUGGAGGCCAUGAAGUCCGCUUGGUGGAGUGUCAGUGGACUCCGCAGACGUGGACUUUUGAGAAGGAGACUCAGCGUAUCCGUAUCGAAGACUACUGUCUGUCGCUGAAUCAUGGAUCGACGGAGGACGGCGUGCGUAUCACGACGGAUAAGUGCAAGGAUGAGGUGACUACGCACCAGCAGUGGGCAUUCCACGCGGAGGACGGAACGAUGCGCUCACAUGCGUCGACUUCAGACCAAUGCGUGACGGCGGGCUACUCGUUCGUGCAAGCAGUAGCAUUUGUGGCGCCCCAGAACCGCAAGGUUCUCGUGGUGUUGAAUGAGAACACAGAGCCGGCAGACUUCCAGGUGCAGGCCGGCAAUGCAGUGCUGAACACGACAAUCGCCCCGGGUGCCAUCCGCACGUAUGUCUGGGCUUAA